UUCAAACAACGAUAUUGGUGUGCAUAUUGAAAUGAUCUCGAAAUUCGAGUAGUCCGUUACAAUGGUCCGCAAGUUAAAGUAUCACGAACGGAAACUACUGAAGAAGUUUGACUUCAUUAAUUGGGAAUGUGACAAUAAUUUACACGAAGUGAAAAUAAUUAAACGAUUUCAUAUUCAGAAAAGGGAGGACUACACCUUGUAUAACAAACUCUCGCGAAAAAUAAGAGACAUUGCCGAGAAGCUCAAAGACAUAGAUGAAAACGACCCAUGGAGAACAGAAAUGACUGCACUCUUAACAGCUAAACUGCACAAUUUAGGUUUAAUACCAACAAAAAGAAGUCUUAUGUUAGCUUCAAAAGUUAAUGCCUCUUCCUUUUGUCGAAGAAGGCUUCCUGUAAUUCUGAUGCGUUCGAAAAUGGCAGAAACUAUGAAAGCGGCUGUGACGUUUGUUGAACAGGGACACGUCCGUGUAGGACCGGAUAUUAUUCGGGAUCCAGCCUACCUAGUUACAAGGUCUAUGGAAGAUUAUAUAACGUGGGCCUCUCGAUCUAAAAUACGGAAACAGAUUGAAGAAUAUAAUGGAAUAAGAGAUGACUAUGACGACGUUUAAUAUUGGUUAAUCGACGCUGUACAUAUUUUAUCGGAUUUGUACAUUUCAAGUUCUUGAAAAUAAUAACUGCAAUACGUUUGGACUUUUAAUAUACUCAAAGGAAAUUAGAAAUAGUUUCCUAAUGUCACUCAUAUUUUAAUCGGAUAAAAAUAAUUUUUGGUGCUGUUGUUAUUCCUCUAAAUCUAGCACACAAGCAUACUGUACUUUCGGAAGAGAAUAAUGUAUUCCUACUGCUUAAUAUACGUGAUCCAUAAAUCUGUUAUGCUUAUGCGUACUCAGUAGUCACAGUUUGUGUACAUCCCUUACUUCAAGCGACAAGAAAGUAUCAAGCAUCUACAGCAUGCGAGUCUUAUGAUAAUUGUGUAACUCAUGUGUUGUAAAUCUUGCACUAUAUCUGUCUCUUGGGAUGGAGGUUAGGCCUUAACUACACUGUCGAUUACUACCAACACCGUUGAUAUCCUUCAGAUUACAAGUGUGCCCAACAACACAGGUACCGUAAGGAAAUAGUAUUCUCAACCGCUUUACGUUAUCUCAUAUGUACAUCAGCAAGCUUAUGAUCACCA